GUGACUUCCUUGAACUUCGUUUUCGUUCGGGCCAUCUUCUCUCGCGUGUUGGAGAAACUUGAACCCAGACCAGCCCUCAAAUGCUCCCCAGGGUUCCCCAUGUGUGUGUCUGCCUGCUCGGGACGUAAUCUCAGCCCAGAGGUUUAGCCGUGAAACGUUUUCAGGAAAUUGGUUCUGCCCACCUCCCAGCCUAUAAGAGCGAUGAAGCCCCGAAGGUUGUUCAUUGCUGUGAAAGGUUUUACCGGAGAAGCCAAGGCAGGCGGAGAGGUGAAGGUCUCCAGAGGCAGUCUACUGAGCCAAGACGAUGCCCGCAAGGCGUCCCCGGGAGGAACAUUCUGGGCGAAGGUCAUGGACACAGACAAGGUGGUCCGGGUCCCUCUGUCGGCAGCUCAGGAACUGAGCGGGGCCCACUCCGGGCUCCUGGAAGCUGUGACCAAUGGAGACGAGCGCCUGGCACUCUUCCAGCAGGAGCGGUUGAUGCGCAGGCUCAGUGACCUCCGGACGGGGGACCCGGUGAGGGUCCAAAUCACGUCUGCCUCGGGGCAGAAAGUUCAAGGCAUCGUUCGAUAUCGAGGACCCAUCGAUAAGAGCAAGCACGAUACAAGCGUCAUCUUUGGGGUUGAGCUGGUGGGUUCAGCGGCUGGGAAGGGUUUUACUGACGGCUCCUUCAAAGGACAGAAGUUCUUCUCCUGUCGCGAGAACUGCGGCGUCUUUGUGCCCGUCAACCGAAUUGAGCCGGUUGACUCGGGCAACGGCAGCCCACUGGUACCUCGCCGACUCAGCGCCCGGGAGUGCACAAGGAUCCAGCUGACGUCCGGAGAUCCCUUGUCGUCCCCGGGGCUGGAGAUCGGGGACCGUGUUUUCUUCAACAUGGAUGACAGCACCCCCACCGGCACCGUACUGUUCUGUGACCACCUUCCCAGGAAACUGGAGACGGGGGUGUUUGUGGGGAUACGCCUGGACAAGCCAGUUGGUUCCUGGGAUGGUCGCUUCAAAGGCCAGGUCCUCUGCCAUCUUCCAUCUCCAGGUUACGGGAUGCUUCUUCCGAUCUCCAAAGUCCAUAAAGAACAAGCUGAUAGAAGCCCAGUGUCUCUGGCCAGCAGCUCCUCCCUGUCCACUUCAGAUGACUAUGAGGAUUGUUCUUCCCCCUCGUCCAUCAAGUAUCCCCCAAGAAUGGAGGACUGUUCACCCAAGGAUCCCCCAACCGUGGUCCCCUCCACAGAUCUGGAGGACCACAAGAAGAAGGAAGUUGGUGCUUUGGAGAGGAAGAAAAAGGAGGAGGACGAGGAAGAAGAGGAGGAAGAUGACUUCGAUGACAAGAAUGGGCAGUAUAGCCACCAUCUCCUGGAGAUCAAUUCCAUGGUGGAGGUUAACAAUCCACCGAUCUAUGGGGUGAUCCGCUGGAUUGGGGAGCUCCCUGAUGUGGACGAGACCAUUGCUGGACUGGAGCUGGAAGAGCCGCUACCUUCGGGCUGUACGGACGGACAGUACAGAGGGAUCCGCUACUUCCGCUGCCAACCGAACAAAGCCCUCUUUGUCAAGUUGCGGCGCUGUCGUCCCGACUCCCGCUUCGGCUCCCUGCAGAAUAUGGAGAACCCCGUUUUGCGGUGCAACUCCCUGGACUUCCGUGUGUACGCCAGUGCCAAAGUGGAAGAGGACACACCGCCACCACCGUUGGGCAAGCAGGGCAUGGAGCAUCUCUCAGGAUGGAAGAAAGGGAUCCAAGGACACUGCAACUCCUGCUACCUGGAUGCCACCCUUUUCUGCAUGUUCACUUUUACCUCUGUGUUGGAUUCAAUGCUGCUGCGGCCGGCAGACAAGAACGAUGGGGAAUCUUACAUUGAGACGCGGGAUCUGCUGAGAACAGAGAUCGUCAACCCUUUGCGCAAGAAUGGCUAUGUCUGUGCUACCAAAAUCAUGGCCCUGCGGAAAGUUCUGGAAACGGCUGGGCAUUCCUCAGGCUUCACCAGUGAAGAAAAAGACCCAGAGGAAUUCCUCACCCUGCUGUUCCGAGUCCUGAAGAUGGAGCCGCUCUUCCAGAUACGUUCGGCACGUAAGGACCCUCACGGCUGCAUUUUCUACCAAAUAUUCGUUGAGGACCACUCCACCCGAGCGGUGCCCACCGUUCAAGAGCUCCUGGAGGGCUCGCUGGUGACCGGGGACCUCAAAUUCACAGAGGCCCCGUCCUGCCUCAUCCUGCAGAUGCCGCGGAAUGGGAAGAACUUCAAGGCCUUCCACACCAUUCAGCCCAGCCUGGAACUCGACCUCACCGACCUCCUGGAAGAAACUCCUCGGGAGUGCUGCGUUUGCCAAGGACUAGCCGUGACCGAGUGCCUGGAUUGUUACGAAGACCCCAGCUUUGGUGUUCGACACAUCAAACAGUUCUGCAGGAUUUGCAGUCAGCAGGUUCACAGACACCGGGCCCGGCGUGGCCACCAGCCCCGGCCGCUGCAUCUGCCAGAGGAGUUGUCCCGGUUGGGCUCCCUGCCCGACGUCGUCCCCCGCCAGACCAUGCAACUCUUCGGCGUCCUCUGCAUUGAGACCAGCCACUAUGUAGCGUUUACCCGCCACGGACCAGAUGUCCACCAGUGGCUCUUCUUCGACAGCAUGGCUGAUCGUGAGGGUGGGUUGAAUGGCUUCAACAUCCCCCGCGUCACGCCCUGCUCCGAGGUGGCAGACUACUUGGAAAUGUCCCCUGAGGAACUCCAGCGCCUUGAUCCCAAAUCCAUGCCCACGUAUGCCCGCCGCCUGCUCUGUGAUGCCUACAUGUGCUUCUACCACAGCCCUUCUCUUGGACUCUACAAAUAACCUCCUGGGUGACAAAUGUAAGGUUCCCGUGAAAAGAAACGCCAAAUCUGUGGCUCCAGGGAUCAUGCUGUGGAUGUGGUAGUGAACCUGGGUCUUAAACCAGCACCAGUCUGGAUACAUGGUGGUGUCCCGGCCCAGGAAACAAUGCAGAAACAUGGGCUGCAGCUGCACAGAUCCCAAUUCCUGCUUCUGAGAAGAAGAAGCAACACUGGUGGUCCUGAUUGGCUUGCAGCAAUCCGAGCCCGGAUUGGAUGCACCAUCAGCUGGUGAGUUGGGAUUGGCCAGUACCAAGUCCUGAAAUUAGGCCAGGACACGCUGGAUGCCUUUCCCAAUCAAAUCUCUCCAUCCCAAUUUUUUGAGGGUUGAUGAUGACUACUUAUCACUGACACAAAAGCCUAUUUUGUACCUUAGUAACAAAAUUAAUUCAAAAUUCAUUUUGACAUUUCACAUUUGUAUAUUGAGAAAUGCUACCUCUGCCCACCCCACAUUCUGCCUAAAGGCUCCUUUUGGCCUACUCGGGAUUUGUAUGCAUUCAUUGGUUUUGAAAUAAGCAAUCUUGAAGGACAUCUUCCUACCACAUGUCUUGAAAGACAUCCUCCUCCCAGAUUUCCUGGUGAUAAAGUUUUAAUAUGGAGGGUAUCGUGUUAAUUGUGGUAAUCCUGCCACAUGAGCCUACCCAAACGCAGCUCUUCUCAUUGGAGGCCCUUCCUUUCCCCAAGUCACUCCACCAUCUGAACUUGGUUCAGGACUUUUUCAGCGGUGGCACCUUGUAAUUGCAAUUCCCUCUUCAGAGAAGCUCACCUGGUGAUGACUGAUGUCCUUUCGACACUAGGCGAAGACCACAUUGCUCAUGAGUUCAUGCCUGUUGUGUAGCUGGUUUUAGUUUCGGAUGGUUUUGUGAAUUUUAUUGCCAAGCAAAGGUGGUGGCUGCAGUUUUAAUGAGGCUUUGUAUGCCUAAAAAUGGUUGUAUUGGGUUUUUAUUGCUUUAAAGGCACGCCUCCCUGGGAUCAUAUACAGAAGAGCAGCUUAUAUAUAUUUUUUAAAGAAUUCACACUCCUGUCUUUCCUGAAGUUGGGUAUGUUUUUUAUAAAAAGCACCAGAAUUAGGAUAUUUCUGUAUGCUGGAUAUUUAAAAUCUAAAGACUGUAUUGUGGACAGCUAAAGAAUUCUAAUGCACAUAUAUGUUGCUGGGUUUUGUUUUAAAAUAUUGCAAGGUAUUUCCACCAUCACCAGUACUGUAAAAUAAAAACUGACUUUCAGAA